AUGCAGUGUUGCACUGGCAAUAAAACUAGUGAAACUGAUCGUUCGUCUAGGUGGUUAGCGAUGAGAUUAGGACAUCGGUUCAAUGCACUGAGAUGCGGUGCGAAUAAGUUGUGCAAUGCAGCUAUUUCGGUGCAGGAGCAUGGUGCAUCGAGCAGCGGGCGGCCGCGAUACCGCGCUCACCGCGUGGCGAGUCUUUCGGACAUAGGACAACAAUAA